AUGACAGCGGGGGCCAAGCGCAGUCGCACACAGGCAGGCUUGGUUGAGGACAUUCGGAAUUGCGUAUCCGAGUUCCCAGAUGAUGUGACCGAUGGAAAGAUUUCAGAGGUGGCAGCCUUCGUUCGGUUUUGCAACCGCCCGGAGUCCGUGGACAGGUUGCUGCAAGCCAUCAAAUGCAACGAGGACAUGCAGUCCCUGAUCAACACCAUCGAUGUUACGGACCCCGCGGCACAGAAGCUGAGGACACUGGUGUCAGCAGCGACCGCAGACAUCGUACAGCAAGUUCCAGCGGCUCUGGCGCUUGUGGAGUCCAGCUUGAUUGUGAAUGUGGGAGCGGGAGAAGAAGCAAAUGCCACAAACUCCGCUCCCCCCGGAACCUUCAAGGGCAUCUGGAAGUUGGCCAAAGUUGCGGGCUGGGCACACAUUCGCGAGAACUUGGCAGAUGCAUUUGUCAAAGCUUUGGAAGACGGCCAAUCGGUCGCCCAGAGUGUAGCUGUUCUGCAGAAAGGUGUCGACGCAGACAAAUUCAUGAAGACGGCCACGGCAGUGCAGAAGUUUAGCGCCAGCAGAGACGUGAAGACGAUAGUUGAGUUCAUGGAUUCGACAGGACACGACUUCAGCGAGCAUGUCGUGACGUUGAAGAAAGCCAUUUCCAAGGCGGCUUCCGUGAACGUCCCAGAAACCGCCGCCUGGAUGUGGUCCCUCAUCCAUGCGGGCAAGCACACGCCGGUGAUGGCACUGGACUCCAGUGCAAAGGCACGACUUGGACCGCAGGUGGAGAAGAUCAUCCGUGGUGUGCAACGUGUGAAGGACUUCAGUGCACCCGCUGAGUCCAUCAAUCACGGUAUCUACACGACCGAGGCUUGGACGACCACGAGUUUGGCUGUGGAAGGCAUGACGGCAUGGUGCGACGUGACAGCCUUCCAUCGUGAGUACAAGGAGCAGGCCUUUGAUGGAUUGGAGGCUGCCGUGCAGGGCCUCACAGACAAGGUUUGUGCUUCCAUCCUUCAGGUGGUAAACAAGGCCAACGCCGGCAAGCAGGCGCUGAAGCCGGUGUACAAUGAAAUCAAGGUCGUCCUUCCGUUCUUGGAGGGUGUGGACAUUGCCAAAUUGAAGCCCGAGGAUGUUCCAAAGGACUUGACGGACCUGCUCGAGAAGUACAAUGACCUGUCCGACACCUUGGAAAGCGCGGUGCAAGGUGCAAGAGCUGUCCGUGACACUGAGCACGUUUUGCUGUGCUACGUGAACCGGGAGUUGGACAUGAAGGAUGUGAUCCCGGCCGAGACCCUGAAAGCCAUGAUCGCUGCGCACAAAGAGACACCGUCAUGUUCGGAAAUGAUGGGUGUCGCGUUUGCUUUUAUGGCGCUUGAGCUCUUUACGCAGAGCCGUGCAGAGCCGCUUAAGCUCGGCAAGGAAGUGAGCACAUUCCUCAAGUUCGCGAGCACGCAGUUGCUGCUUUCGCGCAAGGACCAGCCAGGCAAGGCUCUUGCCAUGCUGGAGAAGUUGCAGAAGGCCAGACAGAACGGGAGUCAACCGCAGUUAGCAGUGGCCACAGGUAAGAUAAAAGUAGUUGGUAGUAUAUAUAUGUGUUAUAUAGGUUUAUAUUUAUAUAAUUAUAUAUGA